AUGUGCUAUACGGACUUCUGCAAUCGACUCGUGAACAAAAGCAAAGAAUCAGAAAAGCCAAUUUAUCCGCUUCUACCCGAUGCUCAAUUUCUUAAACAUAAUCCGCUUCUGGAUUAUCAAGACCACACCGGCGACUCUGGCGAGGGUGACGGAGCCGUUCCCAUGCCCGAGAACGUCAUGUUCCCAGCUGCUAUGACGGCAGAUCCCCGAACAGCUGGAAGUGCUGACGAUGAAGGUAACGCUUCGUGA